AUGGCGACAACAUCGAUUAUUACGACUUCAGUGCAACAAACAAUUAUCGAACACAUAAUCAGCACCAUGUCUGAAUACGACAAAAAAAUGCUACGCGAUCCUCCAUAUAAAUUACACCUAUCUAUAGAUAAGCUUCUUGCACCCGCCAAAAGAACGCGUAAAAAUAAAAAAGAUUUGAAUAGUCCUCGACAACAAAACAAAUUCAUCAUCUUCCGUAAAGACUUCGAAGCAAAACUGCGUCUACUUAAUCCAAAUGCCACUUAUAAAUUCCAGGAUAUUUCUAAAAAAUGCGGUGCUGAAUGGAGAUUGCAGCCUAGUGAAGUCAAGAAAUACUUUGAUCUGCUACAAAGAAUCGCUUUUAAGAAACAUAAAUUCAUGUAUCCCAAUUAUAAAUAUAGUCCAAAAAAUGUAUCUCGUGAAGAUAACGAUGAGUUUUAUAAUAUUGACAAUUACAACGACAAUUGUGCAGUCUCGAAUCCUUCUUCUAUCGAUGUUUCGCCAUCUUCUUCUUCUAAUUCGACCACAAUGGACUUGGCCGAGUCUAGAACUUUUUUUGAUUUCAGUUUACCGCAAUCACCUCAAUGUACUUCGAUUGACAUGUCGUUUGCCAGACAUGGACUUAUGCCCUUUAUAACUGCAUCUUCUCUUACUCAAGAUCCAAUAACUAUACCAAAAGAUUUAUCCGUAAAUUUUGAUACAUCAGUAGCAUCUUUAUCUUCACUUUCAUCUUCAAAUGGAUUGAAUUCCGACUACAAUAAUUUCUUUGAUGGACUUGGAAUUACCACAAACAACAAUGAUCGUGAUCUUACUUUCGACUCUUCUGAUACAUUUAACGAGAUUCUCUCAUUGGGUGAUUUAGAUGUUUCUCAAACCCAUAACCCAUUGAAUUGUGGUGAACAUAAUUAUUUAUUCGUUAAAACUAAUAGUAUUGAUACAAUUCCGAUAGACAAAUUCGUUUUUGCGGACCCAAAAGAAUCUUUUGAAUCUAACAUCAAUGAUAAUAAUCCUAUUACUAAUAUAAACAAUAAUUUGAACCCUUCACUACUAAAUUCAUUUACAAUUAUCACAACUACAAAUACCCUAACCACUACCACAGAACCUUCAAUCGUUCUAAAUACCUCGUUAAAUUUUUCACCACCACCACAAUCUCCAUUCAGCCCCGAAUAUCUUAAUUACGAUUCUACAUUUUCGGCUGGAGAUUUGUCAAAAAUUAUCUUCAACGAUUUGUUAUUUGACAAAUUUGCUUAG